AUGCCCAUAAGUUGGAGACUCCGGGCUACAGUCUUUCAACUGCUAGCAGCCGUCUACGCAGAAUUCGGAGAAGAAGCAUUCAAAGGCCGAUAUCUAUCUAUAGCAAGAUAUUUUGGACCUGACGCGACUUACGAUUCCAUCAAGUCUUUCUUCGCCAAAGAAGUAUCCAGGGCAGCAGAACAGCUCAAAGCCAAGAAUCCUGAUCAUCAAGGCUCUGGUCGGAGGUGUCCAGCAAGACCAAGCCCAUCUGCAAGACUCUCAAGGCCACCACAUCUUUACUUCGAUGACGAAGACCUCAGCAUUUUGACUCAACGAGAAGCCGAGGCUCAUUUCGGCCAUACACUACGCGCUCCUGCCAAACGUCCUCGUGUAAUAAGGGCGUCCCCAGUGCCUCACGGGUCAGACGCUGUUGUUUAUUGCGGCACCGUGCCAGCCCGUCCGGUUGUUGAGUCGCUGACGAAUGGCCAUACUUCUGACGGACCAACAAGCAAUCAAAGCGACCAUGAAGAGGCCGUGAUUGCUGGCCCGUCUUCGAACCCCAAGCCUGCGUCAUAUGUCACGGCGCACAGCCACCAAACGGCGGCUGAACCGCAAGGCAAAAGCAAGAAAAGGCCAUUUGCAAAGGUGGAUGACGCAGUCGUGACUCCUGAUGAGGAACCUCCAACCCAAGUGACUUCAACACCGCCAAAGUCAGAAUCCUUUGGGUAUGUCACCAACCAAGGCAACCAUCGAUGUGCGCUGUGUCUUAGUCAAUUACCCAGCGAAGAAGACCUGGCUCGUCACGAAAAACUGAGCAAGGAGCAUCUGCGCAAUCUCAAAAAUACUUUGAAAGUGUCCAAAGGCCGAGAAAAGCUUGCCCAAGUCACAGCGGUAUUGAUCGGGCGGCAUCAGUCAACACCAGCACCUACGCAGCGGUUCGGGAGAGACAGCAUGGAUCAAAGGCGGCAGCCUUUGCCAGCAUCAGAAGUGAAUGGUCUACAAACACCUCAACUGGUCUCCAAUGGAGCCUCUGCCGACGUCCCAGUCCACGAGCCAACGGUGCAGAACGAGCCAGAACAAAGUGACCUUGACCUUCCCGUGGACACGAUCGAAGUCCGUAGACGUUCGCUAAGCAUCCCUGCACCAGUAGUGAUCCAAGAUCACCAAGCUUCCGCGCCUACCGGUCCGGUAGACAAAGGCAAAGGACGCGCGCUGUCCAUUAUGUCCGAAGACCCAAGGCCGCUACAGUCACACACCAUCUCCCAGUCUCCAGCUCGACCAUCACAGCCAGUGAGAAUCAGUACGCGGCCGACAUCCGCUAGGACGGAGAUCGGGUCAAUCACGCCGCCGCAACCCAAGGACACCCGCAGCGUUACCUCAAAACCCGGAAAUCCGAUGUUCUCUCCCACCGAUCUUGCAGAUAUCAUGCGCAACACGGAGAUGAUGAUCCAGCUUAUGACCUGCGUCCAACGCGAGGCUGUCACUGUGGCCAGUGCAAAUGGUAUAAGCAGGAAUCUGAACGGUGCAGGUUCGAUUGUGACCUCCGGAACCGCCUCGGCCGCGGUGUCGUCCUUGGACCUAGGUGGCUCACCCAAUGUCAGUGGCAGCACCAAUGGCGAGGCCGAGCACUAUAACAAGCCAGCAAGAGCAAAGGACACAGGAGAUGGAGUACUUUUUAUUUGCCUUGAUGACUGA